CGGCAUGUGUGACAACAGUGUUGUUAAAGCUCUAACGGUGGUUUAUAUUACAAAGCUGUUACGUCCCUCCGUGGUUUUGAUAAGCUAAGCUACAUCUAUCUAUGCAUCUAGCUACACAGCCAAAUCCCUUACUAGACCUUCGUGGAUACAUUAAUACAACAUGUUGUAUAAGAUGUGUAGAGAAAUGUACUCUGACAGUCAGCCAGCAUGGGUCGGCGCUCGUCUGAUAGUGAGGAUGACAACCGGAGCAGGAGGAAGAGAAAACAGCGUCGCCGGUCAUCUUCCUCUUCCUCCUCGUCUUCAUCCUCCAACAGCAAAGUGGUCAGCAGCCGGAGUCGAAGGUCCACUCGCCAGAGUCGUUCUCGUUCAAGAGACAAAGACAAAGACAGGAGGAGAAGAAGACGAUCAAGCAGCAGUUCGUCCCACAGUUCAUCUCGCAAGAGGCGGAGUCGCAGCGCAGAGAGAGACAAAGGGAGGAGCCACCGCUCACACAGGUCACGCAGCCAGGACAAGAGGUCUCGUUCUCGACACCGGCGGUCUCGCAGUAAGAGCAGCAGCCGACGAGUGACCCAAAGCCGCAAAAGAAGCGCCAGCCGCAGUCGCCGGAAGAGCCGCAGCAGAGAGCGGGACAGGAGCCGGCGCAAGGGCCACGACCGUGAGAGGGAGAGGGAGAGGGACAGGGACAGAGGAAGAGACAGAGACAAGGCAAGAGAGGACAAGAGUAAAGACAAGGCCGUCAAAAAGGGGGACGCUGCGAACAUCAAAGCAAGAUUAGAACAUCUGACGCCAUCAGAGCAGGCUAAAGUCCGGAUGCACAUGGUCCUGCAGGCUGCAGCUAAGACAGACGAAGUGCUGAAGGCCAAAGUAGCCAAGAGAGAGGAGGAGGCCCGGAAGAAAAUAGAGGAUGAGGGAACUUCUCUGGAGGAGCAAGUGCGAAGGAUAAAGGACAUUGAGGCCAUCGAAAGUGAUUCCUUUGUUCCUCAGGCUUUCAAAUCAUCCAGGGAUGAUAUAAAGAAUGAGCCUGUUGAGGUGAAGCAGGAAUCCGAGAGCGCAGAUUUUCACGACGUCGAUCUUCCCAUUUCCAUAGUCUACAACGACACUGACUCCCUCGCACAUCCCAGUUUGUUCAUGGACAAGGAGCGGGCCGAGGAGCUGUGGCACAACAGAUUGAUCUCGCUGCGACAAGAGAGGCUCAUGGGAAGUCCUGUGACCUGAUGGACACCAGAAGAUCCUUCUUGUACCCCGGGGCAGUUUCCGCUGCUUAUAUUGUGUCUCAAUCUGUCUUAUUUUAGGACAUCACAAAUCUCAUUUCUAUUUCCUUUUGUAAAAACACCUAACUGUGAACUUUAGCAAAUGAACAGUUUUUGGUUCCUGUGGUGGUUAUUAUUUCUUAUUAAUGUUAAUGUAAUUCAAUUAAACGAUCUGCUGAAGGAAGUCAGACAAAGUGUGUUUUACCAUGUAGAUGUAGCAUUUGAUACAUUUUGUCUUUUGUAAUCAACUUGGUAAAUAAAGACAGAAGUGAUUUAUUUUGA